AGAUCUCGCGAUAGCUGCUGCGCAUAAAAACCGCCACAGCCUGCUCGCGCAGUAUCAGUCAGUUCAUUGACCGUUUGGAAAUAGUUAAGUUACUCGGUUUAUCUGGACAGAAAUGGCAACCGCUGAAGUUAUUCCAACUCAGAGUGUGGUGGAGAGGGUCGCCAGCCUUCCUCUGGUCAGCUCCACCUAUGGCUUGGUGUUCAGUGUGUACUCCAGCACAAAGGACAACCACCCGUACAUCAAGACUGUAUGUGAGGCCGCGGAGCAAGGAGUCCGCACCAUCACCUCAGUGGCUCUCACCACUGCUUCACCCAUCAUCGACAAGCUGGAGCCUCAGAGUAAGAGCCAUUCAUCCAUUUGUAGGCGUG